AUGCCAAAAGAUAAAAAAACGAACAAACGCUUUCUGAAUAAACCGUACUCGAAAAAAGCCCUACCCGAUAACACUACUGCUACUAGCGAACCAGCCAAAAGUAGUGAACGUAUUUAUCGCCGACGAAACGCCGUGGCCAAUUUAUUGGACGAUCCCCAGGUGGCCGCCAAUCUAUCGUCCGUCGUUCUCGUUCAUAACCUUUCCGAGUUGGAUUGCAAGGAAGCUGAUACUGAAACAAAGUUGAAGAAAUUGGAAAAUUCAGAUAAAGAAAGUUUGGAAACAUUUCCAUCAGCGAAGAAAGAAGAUACAAAAGACAACACUUAA